UCAAUCGACCGCCGUCGCCGCAGUCGCAGUGCCGCAGUAUCCGCGGGCCCCGAAAUACUCACGGUCCGCUCUCCCGGUUCGUACGUUUGGUUAUGUGCGUUGUCCGCAAUCGUCCGCGCCACCAGCACUGCUCAGCCGGGGACACGCUUUUGGAACAUGACGUGGUCAUCGAGACGCGCCCCCACACUGUUGUUGUCAGGGAUAUUGUAUUACCUAACCGCGAACGUGGUCGAAGGCUUUCGUCAACAUCAAUACUAUGUCGGCGACCGAGGCGGAAGUUACUCACAAGGGUACAAUUUUGGCGCCAGCAAACAGCAAUACUAUUUUAGCCGACCACCGAGGCAGGCAGACUUACCGGAAACGUUCCGGUUUCCCACGGGCGACAUCGGCGAAGCCCGUGGCAACUUCAGUUACCCAGAGAGUAGACACGCCAAGUCUGGAAGGCGCGCCAAACUUCCUUCCGAAUUCCAAGAGCAGCCUUUAUUAGCUCAAGAAGAAAAGCCCGAGUACCCUGUCGCCGGGUCCGAAGAAGCACGGUACUUGUCGCCGCAGGCCAUAGCCAAGAUUUCGGAAACCCUGGGCGCCAUCAACACGGUCGGUAGAUACUUAGUCAACUACACCAGGGGCACGACGGACGACCGCGUCGACAGCCCGAUGCAGUCUUAUCCAGUAAGUUUGCAGAAACCAAGUGGUGAUCUGCCGACCGCCAUUUUUACAAUCAGCAAAAACGUGCUCGGCCGAAACGUGACCGACAUGGUUGUGAAGCCACUUGUGAGUUUUGGAUCGGGCAAAGUUGUGGCUCAAGACAACAGGCCGUGCACUACUCCAGACGGUGCUCAGGGCAACUGCGAAGACCUAAGCAACUGCCCUCAACUGCUGCUUAACCUAGGCCAACUCCGGCAGUCCAUAUGCUUCAAGAACCUGUUCGUGCCCGGUGUGUGUUGUCCUAGAAAAUCGACAGAGCAAUCUGUACCAGAAAAGCCGACCAGUCAACAGCACAUAGUCAACACACAAGUGACGACCGUCACCAGACCACCUGUGAACAACCGGCCGGUCACAGUCACCCGACCACCUCCGACCAUCGUCACUCUGUCCACCAAAGCUCCCGUCCAGUUGGCAACCAAGCCUACCAUAAGCUCUGCUGUAUCCACUAACGUUAUCGACGAAGGAGAUUGCGGACGUCCGGAAGUGCCAAAAUUCAGAGUGGUCGGUGGAGACGAAGCUCUACCCGGCCGAUGGCCUUGGAUGGCGGCUAUUUUUUUGCACGGUCCCCGAAGAACGGAAUUUUGGUGUGGGGGUUCCUUAAUCGGCCCCAGGCAUAUCCUGACCGCGGCUCAUUGCACCAGAGACAAUCGACAACAGCCGUUCAACGCAAGACAGUUUACCGUCAGGCUAGGUGACGUCGACCUGCGCAGGGACGACGAACCCUCGUCUCCAGAAACUUACUAUGUGGUCGAGGUCAAGGGACACAAGAAGUUCUCCAGAGUAGGUUUUUACAACGACAUUGCCGUGCUCGUGUUGGACAGGCCGGUGAAACGCAGCAAGUACAUCAUACCGCUGUGCUUGCCCCCGAAGAGCGCCAAGUCGGACUUGUUCGUCGGUCAAAGUCCCACUGUCGUCGGUUGGGGCACAACAUAUUAUGGUGGCAAAGAGAGCACUGUGCAGAGACAAGCCGACUUGCCGGUAUGGAAUAACAACGACUGCGACAGGACCUACUUCCAACCUAUCAACGAGGACUUCAUUUGUGCCGGAUUAAAGGAAGGAGGGAAAGACGCUUGCCAGGGAGAUUCCGGUGGUCCGUUAAUGUUGAAAAAAGACGGCAGAUGGAUUCAAAUCGGUAUCGUGUCUUUUGGUAACAAAUGCGGUGAACCGGGCUAUCCGGGGGUUUAUACAAGAGUUACCCGGUACUUAGACUGGAUCAACGACAACAUUCACUGAGCAUAAAACAAACGGCACCAACAACGUGUCAGGGCCAAUUAUUGAUAUCAGUGAUAUUACUAAAAUUAUGAUGACGGUCAUAUAGUGUAUUUAAUUGUAGUAUUUAAUAUUGUUAUAUGAAAUGACACCAUUUAAACCUUUUGUGAGCUUUGUAAAUUGAUUACGGUGUAAAUACAAGUAGGCGUUUUAUCUCGAGCCAAAUUUACCUAAU